GUAAAACAGGUAUUGCGUUGGCGUUGCUUAGAUUUUCCGAUUUCUCCUUUGCCCCAAUGAAACAAUUCGAGAUUUGAUGUAGAGUGUCAAAUUAGGAGCCAUCGCUAAGUCACAAGUUGAUAUCAAAACCUUCCCUUCAUCUGUACAUUUCCCACCAUUUAAUUGAUUUUCCGCAGUAUCACGACCGUGAUUACGACCGUAACGAAUUCACCUUCUUUCCACAUCACACAUCGCAUCUUCUAAUUUAGAACAAAUCCUCGAUAAUUACUCUCCAACAUCGACAAGGUUAAUGACCAGACAACGUUAAUUCCUCAAUAUGGCCAUCGCGAGGCCCGUCCGCGCUCUGGCGCUCGCUGUUUUCGUAGUCUGCGUUUUCUUCCUAUACACAAUAUGGCGCCCUGAUACUGGCAUGAAUCCCUCCGCCGAUUUCCAUGGUACCAUCGAGAGAGACCCUAAUCUAGAUCUUACGGGAGAACCAGAGGGUAAUCUUGUACGCGCCACUGAGGGGUACGCUCCCGGCGUCGCUGGCACCGCACGAAUCAAUGCGACAAUCCUAGCCUUAGUACGAAACGAAGAGCUGGACGGCAUGUUGCAGUCUAUGCACGAUCUGGAGCGAACAUGGAACUCCAAGUUCAACUAUCCGUGGACGUUUUUCAACGAUGUCCCUUUCACCGAAGAAUUCAAGCGAAGAACGAGAGCAGCAACCAAGGCUGAAACUCGAUAUGAGGUCAUUCCUAAUGAGCAUUGGGAUACUCCAUCCUGGAUCAACGACGACUUAUACAAGGAAUCCGUAAAGAUCCUCGAAGAGAAUGACAUCCAAUACGCAAACAAGAUCUCAUACCACAAGAUGUGUCGGUGGAACAGCGGGCUUUUCUACAAGCACCCAGCAUUAGCUGAGAUACAGUACUACUGGCGUGUCGAGCCUAAGGUUCACUUCUUCUGUGAUAUCGACUACGACGUAUUCCGUUACAUGCAGGACAACAACAAGACAUACGGCUUCACUAUCUCCCUCUACGAUGCGCCCCAAUCGAUCCCGACUCUGUGGCCAGAGACGAACAAGUUCAUUGCUCAACACCCCGAAUAUUUGCAUGAGAACAGAGCCGAGGCUUGGUUGACUGACAAGGAACGCCGACCUGUCCACUGGGACCAAGCAAAUGGUUAUUCGACGUGCCACUUCUGGACCAAUUUUGAGAUCGCGGAUAUCAACUUCUGGAGAAGCCAGGCAUAUGAAGACUACUUUAACCACCUGGACCGUGCUGGUGGUUUCUUCUACGAAAGAUGGGGCGACGCACCAGUUCACAGUAUUGCGCUGGGUCUAUUCGAGGACAAGACCAAGAUUCAUUGGUUCCGCGAUAUUGGAUACCAGCACAUUCCUUUCUUCAACUGUCCCAACUCGCCAAAAUGCAGAGGUUGCGUGACUGGUCGUUUCACCGACGGUGAAGCCUGGCUAAAUAAGGAGGACUGCCGACCCAACUGGUUCAAGUAUGCAGGAAUGUACUAAUCGGCUGGCAAGGGAUAAUCUUGAAUAAGUGGAAUACUAUGGCUGCACGAUAUGAUCCGAUGCUGUACUAAUGUCUGGGAUAUCCCAUAAUGGAUAAGGAAAGCAUAUCGGCAUGCGGUGUUUUUGGCGUAGGACAGGGGCACUUGAUACAUAGAAAAGGGGUUGUUUUCGAAAGUCGACACGGUAUUACCAACCAAUUGGUGUUG